CUCCCCGGGGGAACCAGGCGCGCGAGCCAAAAGCCUCGCUGGGUGGCCCGCGCGGAAGGGGAGAGCCGGGGCAGGCCGGGACGACGACUGGGACGGGAGCCGCCAUCGGACCCUGGCUCGGGCCAUGCCGCGGAAGGAGGAAGGGGGCAUCGGGGACGCUAUGGAUACUCUUACUGUAUACCAUCAUAUCUUCCUGCAAUACUUAAACCAAACAAGAAAUGUGGUGAAUGAAAAAUGCUCUGGGAUGGAACCAUGGCAAGUCAUUGCAUCAACAAUUGCUGCUACCUUGCUGAUUGUGAAGAUACACAUGUUUCUUUUCCAGUCAGAAAGUUUAACAUCACGAUUUAAAAAAUGGUUCUUCAGAUUUAUACGCAAGCUGCCCAUCAUUGGUCGUAUUAUCCAGCAACAGAUAUCCAAGACUUUGGAUGAGAUGUCUGCCAAAUUGCCAUUUUUGCAAGACCAGAAAAAUUACCUCACGAGCCUGCCGGCAACUGGUCUCAGCCAGCCAGAAUUGUUAAAGAAGUUGAAAGAGUACAGCACUUCGGGUAAAGUACAUUGGGAGGACCGCAAAGUAUCUGGGACAGUGUACAGUGGGGAUGAGAAACUCGUUAACCUGCUCGUUAAGGUUUAUGAGGAAUUUGCAUGGGCUAAUCCACUUCAUCCAGAUGUAUUCCCAGGUGUGAGGAAGAUGGAAGCAGAAGUUGUGAGAAUGGCUUGCACGCUUUUUCACGGUGGACCUAAAUCAUGUGGAACAAUGACAUCUGGAGGAACAGAGAGCAUCCUGCUGGUCUGUAAAGCCUACAGAGAUUUGGCUUAUGAAAAAGGGAUAAAAUAUCCAGAAAUGUUGGUGCCAGUAAGUGCCCAUGCAGCAUUUGACAAGGCUGCCCAUUAUUUCAGGAUGAAGAUUGUGCGUCUUCCAUUGACUGAAUUGAUGCAGGUGGAUGUGAAGGCAAUGAAGAAAGCCAUUACCAAGAAUACAGCCAUGUUGGUCUGUUCGGCCCCACAAUUUCCUCAUGGAAGUAUUGACCCCAUUGAGGAAGUAGCGAAGCUUGCCCUGAAAUACGAUAUUCCCUUCCAUGUGGAUGCCUGCCUGGGAGGCUUUCUCAUUGUCUUCAUGGAGAAGGCUGGGUUUCCUUUACAGCAGUGCUUUGAUUUCCGAGUGAAAGGGGUCACGAGCAUUUCUGCAGAUACGCAUAAGUACGGCUACGCUCCAAAGGGCUCCUCCGUGGUAAUGUACAGCGAUAUGAAAUACCGGCAUCACCAGUUCUUCAUUGCUCCUGAUUGGCAAGGAGGAGUUUACCCCUCGCCCACUAUUGCUGGUUCCAGGCCCGGAUGCCUCAUCGCAGCUUGCUGGGCGACCAUGGUGCACUUAGGAGAACAAGGUUAUGUGGAAGCCACCAGGAAGAUCAUCUCAACGACACGGUUCAUCGUAUCUGAGUUGCAGAAGAUUGACCACAUCCGUAUCCUUGGCAAACCAGAGGUUUCUGUCUUUGCUUUGAUGUCUGAUUCAUUUGACAUUUACCGAUUGUCAAACCUGUUAAUAGCCAGAGAAUGGAAUCUUAAUAUUUUACAGUUCCCUCGAAGUAUUCAUUUUUGCAUAACGCUGCUACAAACAGAACCUGGGGUGGCUGAACAACUGCUGAAGGAUGUCAGAGAGAGUGUCUCUGAGAUCAUGAAGAACCCAAAGGAAAAGACCACUGGCAUGAGUGCAAUCUAUGGUCUGGCACAAGGCAUUCCUGACAGAAACCUGGUUUCAGAAAUUGCUGGUGGUUAUUUGGACAGCAUCUACAGCACAGAUCCUCUCCCCUUGGCUGAUACCCACAUGAAUGGUUCUCCAAGCCCCCACUGAUUUUUAGUCAUAUAUCUCAGUUGUUGGAUGAUGACACACUAAACAAUUCAAAGGAAAGGUACUAUCACUUGGAACUGUUUCUUCUGCAAAUACAGCUCACAAGGCAGCUUGAUCUGUUGGCAUAACAUUCCCUCUUAGGUUAAACACCAGUUCAACCCCCUAUCUUAGAGUGGCGGUUCAGAUUUGUGAAACUUCAGGAAUACUCUCUCUCUCUUUCUGUCUUUUAACUUCUGGUAAUUAUUUGUAUUUCUUAUGACUCACGGCUGCUUCUAGUCGUCCAAGAAACAGCAGGCUUAAGGUUAAUAGAAGUCUGUUCCAUCAUUGUUCAUGCUCAGGUGUUUUGCACUACUUCGGUGGAUACAGAUCUCUUGGUUGACGUUCACACUGAGCAGUGAAUUCAACAGAAGGUUGCACAUAAACAUCCUUCACAGAUAAUAGGGUAAAGUCAGGGUGAGUGUUUGGUUCUCCCUUUGGGAAUUUGCUCUGAAGGAGAGGAAACGGAUCAAAGGAAAAAAGGAACACUUCCUUCUUUCCUUGUACCUUCAGGGUGCUUUUCCCUUUCCCUAUAAUGUUUUUUUUACUGUGACCCUCUCCCCUGCCCCAAACAAGUCUUUGAGCCACAAAGAUCCAUGAAGGUACUUAGGAUAAAACGGUUCUUCCAUGUGUUAGGGGCUUUUGUCCUACCUGUUUACUACAGUAGGAGAAAGCAAAUUGCAUUUCUUCACUGUCACUGUUUGAGAAGUUGAGCUGCUUCUUCAACUGUUCCAGUUCCUAGUUCUGCCAUUUUGUUAAGCGCCUUUAUGGGCUCAAGAGAACCAGUGACUCAGAAUGUGAUUAUUUGGAGGACCCAAGGCUCCUUUUCAGGCGUUGCAUUGAUUGAUCAGACACGUUCUCAAGAUAGCACAUACAAGAUUUGCCUUAAAUGCUGAGAGCAUCUCUACUCGAGAAGCUAAGCAGAUGAUCCAAUCCACCGAUGAUCACCUCCGUUAUAUUACACUGAAAAUAACUUCAACCUCAGGUAUCAUAUAAUCCUUCAGUGUUUCAUGACGUCUCAGCUCAGUCCACCCCAUAGGUAGCACUUUGCAACUGAUACCUGUGGUCUUGAAGCUUGACUUCUAAUGGGUUAGCGAUACUGCUUCUAUCCCGUUGUUUAGUCUGCUUCUAGAAGGGAGCCAGUGGGCCAAAUGGCAGGCACAUUAACUUUUUAUUCUAAUACUUGAGGUGUAACGCUAGGUUCACCAGCCUAGUUUUACAGAAGUGAAUGGAGAACACUUCCAUUCUGCCUUAAGUGUCCUCUAUAGAUAAGUAGGUACUUUGCUAGAUCAGUCAAGGUCUCAUUACAUUCAGUCAGCAAUAGUUCUCUGGGGGAAAAAAAAAGCAUAUUUUAGUGGUAUAGACUUAUAUUCCUUUCAGAUAUUAUUGUACAAUCCUUUGUGACUUCAUGAGUUCAGGGUCUUAUGUUUUGUGAAUCUUUGGUUUAAUCAUGUUAUCUCUUUAUGGCUAUCUUUCUAUUUCAAUUUUGAAUGGAGUGAAUACAAAAUAAUUUGAAGGUUAAUUGCCUAAGACAUGUAUGUGUAUCGACUAGUUUGAAGAGAUACACAGAUACGGUUUCCAAACACAUUAUGAAAGAAAAACUCAAUUGCAUCCCUCUUACCUAUGUAAUUUAAUGAUCGGUUUUCAUUCAUGUUCUAGAACGGAAUGUUGAUUUUGUAAGAUCUUAAUUUCAGUUUAAUCCUUAUACAUGUUCAAAACUGCUUUGUUUCAAUACUUAACCCAUAUAUACGUUGUCAUGCAUCUUGUACAUGUUUUCGGGUUUAAAAUAAAUGUUAUUUUCUUCCUCAAAUUCCAAGUUUAAAA